AUGGCCAGGAAGGUAGACAUAUCAUUGCUAUUUGUCUUCGUUCUAUUGUUAUACUUUCCCCAACUUUCGAACGGAUCUGAUGAUGAGCAGACCAAACACCAUGACAAGCGAGCUAUGGGUGGCAUGUUUAAAGACAUCUUGAAAUCUAUUAAAACCAACUUCGUCCCGGGCAGUAAGAGUAAGAAUCAGAAAGGAGGCGACGGAGGAGACGGCAAUGCCGGGGGAUCGUCCAGUGGCUCCUGGAAAAACAUGAUACCUGACAUAGCUAAGGCGUUUAUACCAGACGGAGACCAGGAUAACAGCACCUCGACAGAAGACAUGCAGGAUAACGAUUCCAGCUCUAACGUCACAGAGGUAGAUCCACAGGCCACUGAAGUCAAUGCAGGAGUAACAGAGAACAUGGGACAAGAUACAAAAGUGAACAAACAGGAUAGCGGGACCCAAGACGACAUAUCAGAAGAUGAUUAUGAUACACAGGCAAGUGGCAAGACAGAUGAUAAACAUGAUUCAAAAGCGGACAAUGGUUCAGGCGAAAAGCAAGACAAAACAACUGAGAAACAGAAUGCGAAAGUUAAUGAAGGAAUAACUGAAAAUAUGGGCCCCAAUGUAGAUUCGAAUAUGAUGGUCAAUGAAACAGGUGAUAAUAUGACGCAACAUGAAUCAAUUACCCAGCUACCGACAGGUGUGCACGAUACGGCGUUAAACGCUGUUCAUGACAAUGAUAAGGCAGCAGCACUGUCGUGGGAAGAUGAAUCACAGGAAGCAGAACAAGAAAAGGAAGAAUCAGAAAAGCAGAAAAGUAACGACGAUCUGAAAAAGACCGAGGAAGCCGAAGUAAAAGUUAAUGCCGGUGUUACUGAAAAUCUGGGUAAUGACAAUGUCAACCCAAAGCCAGCUAAAUCUGGCUUAUCUGACAACGACCAUGAUGUCAACUCCAACACAACAGUUUCCACAGGAAAUGCACUUAUGUUUGAACAAAGCCAACCUUUGUCAUGGGAAAGCGAAUCACCGGAGGUCCUAGAGGAUGAAAUAGAAAAAGAACGUCAAACAAGACGAUAG